AUGUCAUCUUCUAACAUUGCUUGUACAAGUAAAACAACUACCUUGAAUGAUUGGAGAGGGAAAACAAGUGCAAGCCGAGUCUAUGCAGGGAAUGGAUACGAAAUAUCUGAUGACUUGCAACGUCGAAAGAUCGAGGUCUUGGAGAAAAGAUACGGAGGGAGAUCAAAAGCUCAUCGUGCUGCUAUAGUAAUACAAAGAGCCUAUAGAGAAUAUCGACUUUCAAAACGGUGGCAGCAAAUGAGGGAUCCUGUGCUAAGAGUUCCUAUCACUGCACCCCCAGUACCUAAUUUAAUUAUGGGAAAUAGAUUGCUUAGAACUCCUACCUCUCUGGUUGUCAGUCCUCAUAGAUACAAUCCAAGCACGAGUCUCUCCGCACAACUCAGAGCUGAUAGAACUAUACGUGCUGGUACAGAAGAAAGAGCUCGUAGCCCACCUUCUCCAUCGCCCAAUAUUUUCCAUAACAGAAGUAUGAUCGUAGUUCCAGAUAGUUUGAUGUCUCCGCGUCUUGUACAGCGGAGGUUUCCUCCUGGUAGUAAUGGUGAAGUACCUGUCGUCUGGGUUCCUAGAGCUUCUUUGGCUGCUCAGAAUCAAGCACAUUCCAACAGUCUUCCACGUUUAGAAAAACAAAUAGUUAGAGAUACUAUUCGUUUACCAAGAGCAAUGACAGAACAGGAACGUAAACGACAAUAUCGUAUUGCAUUAAACUUUUUCAACAAAAAGCCAGAACGUGGAGUUCAGUUGUUAACAUCUUGGGGAUUUGUUGAAGAAUCACCUGAAGCCCUAGCUAAGCUGCUUUUCGGACGUCGAGGAUUGAGCAAGCAGAUGAUUGGGGAAUAUGUGGGUACAUUACACACGCCAUUCCACAACUGCGUGUUAAAAUAUUUCAUCGGCUUAAUGGAUUUACGAGGACUAGAAGUGGAUGUCGCUCUACGAAAAGCUCUUCAAUACUUUAUAUUGCCGAAAGAAUCAGAGAAAAUAGAUAAAGUGCUUCAGGCUUUCGCCAUCCAUUACUGCAAAUGCAAUCCUAAUAGAGCCUCCAUGUGGAGAGGAGGUUGGGACUCAGUUCAUAUGUUAGCGUUUGCAAUAAUGAUGUUAAACACAGAUUUGCAUUCACCGAACUUGAAGAAUUCUGUUCGGAUGCGUUCAGAGGAGUUCGUUAGAAAUUUACGAGGUCAAGAUAAAUCUCCAGGAGAGAAAGAGGGCCGAGACUUUGAUAGAUCUUUCUUAGAAGGAAUUUAUGACAGAAUUAGGCAAGAUGAGUUUGUUGCUGGAGAUGACCAUGUCGCUCAAGUGCGCAGAGUUGAAAUGGCUAUUAUUGGAAAAGACAAACCUCGUUUGACCGAAACCCAACGUCGCCUAGUUUGCUAUUGUCGCCUCCAGCAGGUCAUGGAUCCGUGUCGAAAGCAGCCUCCAUCAAGUCAUGAACGGGAUGUUUUCCUUUUCAAUGAUAUGCUCGUGGUUACAAAAGCGAUUAGUAAGCGGAAAUCCUCAGCUGCUACAACUUAUGCUUUGAAACAUCAUAGCCCAUUAUUAGGUGCAAGUGUUCAUGAAUUUUCUAAGGGUCAGUAUGAAUUUGGAUUAGUUGUUGUUUGUCCAAAUCAUGAAAAAUUAUAUUUCAAUGCAAGAAACGUGGAGGAUAGAAGAAGAUUUGUUGCUGAUGUUGUGGAGUCUAUAAAGGAGUCUACUCAAAUGGAGGAAGUAAGAUUAGAACUUGAGUUGGACAAGCUGAGAAUAGAUAGUCAACGGGAUAGUGGGCUUCCUGACAUCGAAGGUCAAGCGCCUACUCGAAGACUUUCGUUUAACUCUCUCGAUUCCGGUGUUGUUGAAGAAACCUAUGACGCAACAUAG